GGGACACGGGCCCCGCCCCGGGGGCGUGGGCGUGGCCGGUCCCAUCCCAGGGCCCCGCCCCGCCGUGCGGAAGCGCUGGGCGGCGGCCCCGGCUCCGGAGCGCAGAUCCCACCAUGAACCCCCCGCCCCGCCGGGUGCGGCUGAAGCCCUGGCUGGUGGCCCAGGUGAGCAGCCGGCGCUACCCGGGGCUGCAGUGGCUGGACCCCGAGCGGCGACGCUUCGCCAUCCCCUGGCACCACGCCACCCGCCACCCCCCCGGCCCCCAGGACCACGACACCAUCUUCAAGGCGUGGGCACAGGAGACGGGGAAGUUCACGGAGGGAGUGGACGAGCCGGACCCGGCCAAGUGGAAGGCCAACCUGCGCUGCGCCCUCAACAAGAGCCGCGAGUUCCGGCUGCUCUUCGACGGCACCAAGGCCACCCCGCUCCAGCCCUACAAGGUCUACGAGCUCUGCGAGGGCCCGGCCGACGGUGUAGAUGGGGUGGCUGAGGAUGACUAUGGCUGCGGCGUGGAGGAGGACGUCAGCCAGCUGCAGAAGAUGACGUCUCUGAGCAUCAAUGACACGCGGCACGGGGGGGAUCUGCUGCCCCCCUACCCCUGGCCCAAGGAGGAGCCCCCCUUCGGCAGCGGCUGCCCUCUGGGGCCCUUCGCGCCGCCCCCCCCGACGCUGCUCCCCGGGGAGGUGGGGGGCACCCACGGGACCCCCGAGCUGCCCCCCGCCGCCCUCGCCGAGACGGGGCCCCCCCUGGGUACCCUGGGGCCCCCAGCCGCCUGCCCGCUGGCACCCAUGGAGCACGUCAUCCCCAACCUGCUCAUCAGCCCCCACAUGCUGCCGCUGACCGACCUGGAGAUCAAGUUCCAGUACCGGGGCCGUCAGGUCUGCGUCCUCACCAUCAGCAACCCCCACGGCUGCCGCCUCUUCCACAGCAGCCUGGAGCCCACGCAGGAGCAGGUGGAACUCUUCGGGCCGCUGACGCUGGAGCAGGUCCGCUUCCCCGCCACCGACGCCAUCCCCAACGAGAAGCAACGUUUCUACACCCACCAGCUCCUGGACGUGCUGGACCGCGGGCUCAUCCUGGAGCUGCAGGGCCAGGACAUCUACGCCAUCCGCCUCUGCCAGUGCAAGGUCUUCUGGACGGGGCCCUGCGCCACCCACCGCGCCGGCCCCAACCCCAUCGAGAGGGAGAAGAAGACCAAGCUCUUCAGCCUGGAGGGGUUUCUCAACGGCCUCAUCCUGUUCCAGAAGGGCCAGACCACCACCCCACCCCCCUUCGAGAUCUUCUUCUGCUUCGGUGAGGAGUGGCCGGACCAGAAGCCCAAGGAGAAAAAGCUCAUCACGGUGCAGGUGGUGCCGGUGGCGGCGCGGCUGCUGCUGGAGAUGUUCUCGGGAGAGCUGUCCUGGUCGGCCGACAGCAUCCCCCUGCAGAUCUCCCACCCCGACCUCAAGGACAAGAUGGUGGAACAGUUCAAGGAGCUUCACCAGCUCUGGCAGAACCAGCAACGGCUGCCACCGGCGCAACCAGAGCCCGGCCCCGCCGCCGGACCCUGGGUGCUGCCGCCCGGCUCCCUGCCCCAGUGACGAGGGGACGCGGGGCUGGGGUGGGGGGGACGCAGGGGCCACCCACCGCAGCGCCCGGUGGGGUGGCGUUUCCCACGCUGUCACCCCGUGGCUGGCCAGCUGCGUCCACCCAGCGCCAUCCCCGUCCCUCCGGAGCUGCCGGUGACAAGCAUCCACUGGGUCCCAGGAUCACGUCCUGGCCACGAUCACCCGUCCCAGGAGGAGAAGCUGGACCCCCCCCGCCUCUCCCUGGGGCCACCCAGGAUGCAAAAUGGCAGUUUUGGGGCGAAACGGCAAGAAAAUGGGGCCACGCUGGACCGCCAGCGCCGGUGGGGGUGGCUGCACUCCCUGCAGCUCAGGGCACCCCAAGCCAGGCACGGCCCUGAGAGAAGAACCAGGCCGGGACUUGGGUUUUUAAUUUAUUUUUUUUUCAGUUUUUUGUUGUUUUUAUUGUUCUCGAGAUGGCUACACACCCCCAGAGGGAACAGCAUGCGCUCUAGCCGUGCCCGCGGGCCCCGCGCCGGCCCUCUCCCAGCCCCGUCCCUGCACUCGCUCGAGCCGUCUCCUCCCCGCGCGAUCCGACCCUAAAAUAAACCAAAUAAAAGCAAUAAAAAAACAAAACAAAACAAAAAA